CUUGUAGAGGCCUCGGUGCCAUGAACAUUGCUGUAAUUUUCAAAUAUCAAGUGGGUGUCUAUACAUGAUCCAGCGCUAUAAAAAAACCCGUACUCGACAUCGUCUUCUCCCCGCAUGCUCUUCAGACAGAGAGGGGAGAGCGAGGGAGAAUCUUCCGUCCCCAAAAAGAGCAAAGUGUCAGCCCUUUCCAUCAUUCCUCCUUCCCAACGAACGAGCAGAAGUCGCAAACAACAAAAGAGAAGGCAUCAGAAGCUGGCUGCUGCGCACGACACGCAGCAGAGCACCGCCAGUUCGCCACAGAGGUCCAGGGCAUGGCGGACGCCGCCUCAAACCAUCCUGUUCUUGCACCUGGCGAUGUUGGGCAAUCGAGCUCCGGCGCCAAUAAUUCAUCCGCCGCGGCCGGCGGGUUCGUCGCACUGGACGUCGGCGCGCUGUCGUCCCUCUCCGGCGACGUCGGCCCACCGGGCACGCCCGCGGCCGCCGCGCCCCCGCGGACACCCAAGGUGAUGAGGUCGCUGUCGCGGAAGGGCGAAAGGAAGCCGGCCGACGGCGACGCCAAUGGCACCGCCGGUGGUGGUGAGAAGCCGCAGCUCUUCGUGCACGUGGCGGGCGGCGACCUCGGGGACGCCCGCCUCGUCGUCCACACGCCGGUGACCGGCACGCCUGGAGGGAAGUCCCGACGCCUGGGCCGGCGGCCGGCGCCGUGGCUCGAUCCCCGAAGGGUGGUCCUCCUCUUCGCCACGCUGUCUAGCGUGGGAACGUUGAUCCUGCUCUACUUCACCCUGUCCAUGAGCAAGACAGACGCCGCCGGAGGGGCCUCCGGCUCUGCCAGCGACGCCCGGUGAAACGCCGGCCGUCGUAGGUGAAGCAACUUUCGUAUUGUUCCGAGAAUUUAUGGACAAGAUGUCUUGCAAAGACUGCGAGCGAUACUGUAAUCCGUGCAUAAAAUUUGUGGUGCUAUGGAGGUCUAAAAGGUCACAGAGGAAUAUAGAGUGAACGGCAGUGAGCAGAUUAGGCUGGUUGGGAUUUGAUGGAUAAGUUUGUGAUGGUAGUUCGUUCUAUCCUGGUUUCUUCUGACCUUUUUCCUUUUAUUUUCUCUGAUUACUCGGACGAGUACAUGUCGCAUCAGAGCGAUAAUACUGAUGUAUUUUCAUUCCUUGCUAAAUUUGCACACACAAGUAUACAAAAAAGACGCUGAUGUAUUCCAAAGAAUUGUAUUCAAUCGAGUGCGACUUCUUGAAGCAGUA